AUGGGGUCUUCGAUGAACUUCCCGUCUGGGUAUGUGAACAAGCACACGCUGCAGCGGACGAAGUCCAGCGGCCCGACGAUAUUCCAGAAGGAGUCUGUGGCGGCGAAAAGCGCGGGGAGCACGAAAUCGAAGCUGUCCUUGGCGCUGCAGACGCAGGGCCAGAGACAGGGCGAGGACGAAGCUGCUGGGCCGGAGGACCAGCAGGGCGAUGGCGAGGAGGAUGAGGACUACUCUUCGUGCGAUGAAAAGAACGAGGAGAGCGCCGGGGAUUACCGCCCCGGGGGGUAUCACCCAGCGUACAAGGGUGAGAUCUACAAGGACGGGCGCUACACCCUGGUGCGGAAACUGGGCUGGGGCCACUUCUCGACCGUGUGGCUGGCGAGGGACAACGUGACGGGCAGCCACGUCGCCAUGAAGAUUGUGCGCAGCGACCGCGUGUAUACCGAGGCGGCCCUGGACGAGGUGAAGCUGCUGCACAAGGUCCGCAGCACGAACCUGGCAGAGCAGGCCUGCGGUGGUGCCACUGAAAGCGCCGAGGGUCCUGCGAGGCCGGUUUCCCGCUCAGGCGCCCACUAUAUUCUUAAUUUAUUAGAUGACUUUGUCCACAAGGGUGACAAUGGCGAACAUAUUGUGAUGGUUUUCGAAGUUUUGGGCGAGAAUUUAUUGGCUCUUAUUAAAAAGUACGAGCACAGGGGUAUACCAAUUGUAUAUGUAAAGCAAAUUGCUAAGCAAUUGCUUUUGGGUCUAGAUUACAUGCAUAGGAAGUGUGGGAUAAUCCAUACAGACAUCAAACCGGAGAAUGUUUUGAUGGAGAUUGGCGAUGUUGAAGGUAUAGUGCGGAUGAUGGAGCAGUUAGACAAGCAGAAGCGCGAGCUGCGCAAACUACAACGGCGCGCUUCGCGGUCCGUAUUUGAUUCUCCGCCAGUUCGUGAGAACACUUCCUGCACCGGUAGCAUUAGCAACAGCAUUACCGAAACUUCGACUUCGCGCAGAGCGAGGCGGCAUACGCUCAUUACCGGCUCUCAGCCUCUGCCCUCCCCGUUGUCUUCUAACAAUUUUAUGGAGCUGAAGACACAGCUCAUGGGACAACCCAUGGGCACAAUUAGUCGGCAGCCAUCUAUGUCAGGCAGGUCUUUUUCUUUGCAAACUCUGGGCGGCGCAACCACCACACUCGGCUCCUCUGUACAGAAGCCGGCCGAAUCGGACCACGAUAUUUCCAACUCAUUCUCUUCCAUGGAAAUUGAGGACCACGGGAACUCUAGUGGUAACACUGAGGUUGGCCAGGUUAUCCAAAUAAAGAUUGCCGACUUGGGCAAUGCCUGUUGGUACGAUGAGCACUUCACCAACGCCAUCCAAACACGUGAAUACAGGUCCCCGGAAGUCUUAUUGGGAUGCCCCUGGGGCUGCAGCGCCGACAUCUGGUCCACUGCAUGCUUGAUCUUUGAGCUCUUGACUGGCGAUUUCUUAUUUGAGCCAAACCAAGGACAUUCAUACACAAAAGACGAUGAUCACAUUGCUCAAAUAAUUGAACUACUCGGGAACAUACCAUCCUACCUGUUUGAUCAUGGUAAAUAUGUGAAAAACUUCUUCUUCUCUGAUGGUAAACUAAGAAAUAUCAAGAAGCUUCGGUUCUGGCCAUUGAAGGAUGUUCUCAUCGAGAAGUACGGUUUUGAAACGUCUGCCGCGGAAGAAGUAUCUGGAUUUUUGCUGCCUAUGUUAGAAAUGGACCCUAGAAAGAGGGCAGACGCUGGAGGUAUGGUGAAUCAUCCCUGGUUAUCCGAUACUGUCGGUAUGGAAACCGUUACUGCUAGUGAUCGGGUAUUGUAUGCAAGUGGUGCUGACAUCCCAGGCUGGUUUAAGGAGGACAGUCGCCAUGGUUGA